UGAGCUACUCCUCCCUGCAUCCUCUGAUCGUAAUCCCAAUGGCAAUGGAGAACUCUCCUCCUCCUCCUCCGGCGCCGCACUUCCUCUUCGUGGCGAGCGGGAUACAGGGCCACAUCAACCCGGCGCGCCGCCUCGCCGCGCGACUGAUGGCGUCGGCGCCCGCCGCGCGCGUCACCUUCUCCACCACCGUCUCCGCGCACCGCCUCCUGUUCCCGUCCCUGGCGUCCCCGGACGAGGAGGCCGUCGACGACGCCGGCGUGGCGCACAUCCCGCACUCGGACGGCUACGACGACGGGUUCAAGCCGGCGGUGCACGGGAUGGGGAGCUACAAGGCGCUCUCCCGCGCCGCGGGGACCGAGACGCUGUCCGCCGUCGUCGCCGGCCUCGCGGCGCGGGGGCGGCCCGUGACGUGCUUGGUGUACACGUUCCUCGUGGUCUGGGUCCCCGAGGUCGCGCGCGCGCUGGGGAUCCCCGCGGCGAUCUACUGGAUCCAGCCGGCGGCGGUGUUCGCCGUGUACUACCACUACUUCCACGGCCACGACGAGGCCCUCGCCUCCUGCGUGAACGAUCCCAGCCGCGACGCCGUCGUCCACCUGCCGGGCAUGCCACCGCUCAGGUCGGACGAUCUCCCUUCCGCCGUGUCCAUCACCUCGCCGCAGAACCAGUACUACCUACUACUCGACAUGCUGCGCGACUUGUUCGCGGAUUUCGACGAGCUCAAGCCCAAGGUGCUCGUCAACACGUUCGACGCGCUGGAGCACGACGCGCUCCGCGCCGUCCCGCAGCUAGAGGUCAUCGCUGUCGGGCCGGUGGUGCCGGACGACGAAGCGUCGGCGUGCAACAUGGACAUAUUCCGGCUAGACGACGCGAACACCUGCAUGGAUUGGCUGGACACGAAGCCUGCGCGCUCCGUGGUGUACGUCUCGUUCGGGACCCUGGCGUCGAUGAGCAAGCGGCAGGAGGAGGAGAUGAGGUGCGGUCUCGAGGCCACCGGCCGGCCGUACCUGUGGGUGGCGCGCAAUGUCGCCGGCGAAGGUGGGGCGACCUUGGACGGCGCCGCUGCCCUGGCCGCCGCCAGCGAGAGCGGCGGCGAAGGGAACGCACAAGGGAUGGUGGUGAAGUGGUGCGACCAGAUGAAGGUGCUGUCUCACCCGGCGGUGGGCUGCUUCGUGACGCACUGCGGGUGGAACUCGGCGCUGGAGAGCAUCGCCCGCGGCGUGCCGAUGGUGGCCGUGCCGCAGUGGACGGACCAGCCGACGGUGGCGUGGCUGGUCGAGGUGUGCAUGGGCGCCGGUGUGCGCGCGCGGCUGGACGGCGACCGCGUGGUCGAUCGCGGCGAGCUGCAGCGGUGCGUGCAGCUGGUCAUGGCGGAAGGAGACGCCGCGACGACGACGGGCGGUGUGCGGGCACAGGCCGAGCGCUGGAGGGAGCGCGCAGAGGAGGCGGUCGCCGUCGGCGGGUCGUCGGAGAGGAAUCUACGGGAGUUUGCGUCUGGGGCGUGACGCAGGUGGUGUGCUCGAGGACGUGAGGGCCGCAGGCGGCCGGCAGCCGGUUGUGAGGGCGAACGCUAUGGCUGCGGUAUCAUUUUUCUUUUUUAAAAAAAAAGUCCAGACAGUUCGGUUGGUGGUUCAGCCUGGCGGACGAUCACUCACUGUGGGUCUGUUGGUUGCUUGUAUUAAUUUAGUAUGGCCCGUAUGAGCCAUUUAGAUUGACUUUGGUUUGGAUAUAUAGGUGCAAAGAAAGUUGUUUGGUUGGUGUAUAUGUCAAGCCUAUAUAUCUUGAGAUGUUGUUUGGUUGGUUAUAUGUUUUUUAUAGUUUAUGGAUGUUUUUAUAGUUUA